UUGGUCGAAAGUGGCGGAUGGAUCCACUUUUCUACAGCUGCACGGAACAGUCUACCAACCUAGAGCAUCCGGAGGACUCUUCAGCCUCGACAGGACUGCAAACUGACCGCGAGGCUGUUGCGCAAAGAAAGUGUGUCCAGUUGUGCUUUGCAGCGCAAGACAAUACCUAUCUGCAGAUGCUUUGGAACUCGUUCAAGUCCAUCCGGCGACGGUGACUGAUCACCAUGGCGCCUUCGAGGAGUCCUCCGCCGAGUAGUCGGCUGCUUGGCCCCGUCUCGAGGUUCUGGCACAAAUCCUAUGCGCCCGACUACCUUGGCUUCAGCUUGCUCUUGAUUAGCUAUAUCCUAAUACAAUUCUUCGUCGAGCCGUUCCACCGCAUGUUCUCCGUGAACGACCUGCGCAUCUCUUUCCCCUUUGCCCAAGUCGAGCGGGUGCCUCUUGCUCUCGACUUCGUAUACGUGCUGUUCGUGCCGCUGGCGCUGAUGGUAGCGUACAACCUGGCUUCGCGCGCGGCGCUGCACAAGCAGCACGUCACGGUGCUGGGGCUAGCGAUCGCGCUGAUCCUGACGGCGUUCCUGACGGACGUGGUCAAGAACAUGGUGGGGCGGGCGAGGCCGGACCUGCUGGCGCGGUGCAUGCCGGACCCCAAGCUGCUGCGCGACGCGCCGGGCCCGCUCGUGUCCAUCAACGUGUGCACGCAGAAGCACCACCACACGCUGCACGAUGGCUGGCGCUCGUUCCCGUCAGGCCACAGCUCCUUCUCGUUUGCCGGGCUCGGCUACCUGAGCCUGUUCCUGGCUGGGCAGAUGCGCAUCUUUGCGCACGGGGCCGGGGAUGGGGACGCCGGGGAUGGCAGCCGCGCGCCGACGAUUGGGGAGCACACGGAGAAGCUAGUGCGCGGGGACCUGAUGCGGGCGCUGCUGUGCCUGGCGCCGCUGCUGGGCGCGACCAUGAUCGCCAUCAGCCGCUGCCAGGACUACCGCCACGACGUCGAAGACGUGUGCGUGGGCGCGAUACUGGGGUCCGUCGUCGCGUACUGGAGCUACCGGCGGUAUUGGCCGCGGCUCAGCAGCUCGCGCUGCGCCGAGCCGUAUGUCAACCCGCCGGGAAGCGAGGCCGUUGCGGCUCGCUACGGCCGCGUCCGAGACGAGGAGGAAGGCGCCGGCCCGGGACAGAAUGUAGGAUUCGGGCUCGACGAGUUCAAUAGACCUUAAUGCUGACGUGAUACCCCCAUAGGUGGCCUAGAGCUUGCCCUCGUCUCCGGUACAUAUUGUGCGAUAUAUAUGCCAUGUAUUUGCCAUGUUCAAUGUCAGUUUAAGGAGAUGUGUAUAAUAUCCCAUGUACUAUAUCGGAUUUUGGACACACACAGCAAUGGAGUUUGGGUUCUUUUUGACAUCGCGUUGGCAAAUCUUUCUAUUAGUAC